CUAUACUUGUUAUUUACGACCAAUAGAAAAGGCAAGACCUUAAACAGCAGCCAAACCCUAAAAUGGGCGGAAAAGGAAAGAAAAGAAGAGAAAAGAAUUACAAAGAAGCCCAUGGCGUUGGCAAGAACCGGCUACCUCCGCCGCCGGUUCGUUCUUCUCUUGAUGUUAUGCCUUCUAAGCUUCGCAAACUCAUAUCCUAUAUUUCAGGGUCUGAAAAGCUAUCAAUGGAUGGUGAAGAGAAUAGACGAGGUGGUGGAAAGUUAAUUGAAAAUAAACUCUCUUCAAAGGAGAAAUCUGAAUCUGUAGCUUCCGAGUCCAAGCUUGAAGAUCAUCAUGAUCAAGAUGCAUUUUCUACAGAAAAGAAAAAGAAGAAAAGGAAAAGGAAGCAGGUUGAUGACCUUCGCUUUGCAGAUGAAUUAGGUGCAGUUGGUUUAAAAAGGAAGGAAAGAAAGAAAAGACUUUUACAAGAGAGGAAAAUGAAACACAAGAAGGUGAAACAAGAUGAAGAUAAUUUAGACUUUCCUGGGCAUGAAGAGAUCAAGUUUGGUGAAGUUGUUCAAGCUCCACCAAAGUUGGUGAAUAUUCCCAAGCAAUUUGGGUCUUCAAUGAAUGCUUCUCAGGAAAGGAUUCGGUUGAAAGUGAUCGAAGCUUAUCGCGAACAAAAGAAAUGGGCUUCCAGACCUGGUCUUCACCUCCCUGCACCAGACAUAACACCACCAGAAUUGUAGUGGUUUUCCUGGGGCGUGCUGCAUCCAUAGAGCUUCAAGCAAAUCUUGUACCAGAUGUAAAAACUACCAUGAGAUGAAUUAUAGGUCAUUUUCAUUUUGUGUAUUACAUUUUGUUAAUUAGAGUUACUAAAAGUUUGCUUCCUUUCUUUUCACGAGUUUUUAGUUUUUAAUAUAAGAUAUUUUUUUCCCCUUAA